AUGGCGGCUUGCAGUGAUGUUUCGCAGAAAGACAAGAAAGACGAACCUUUGCUCAUAUUUUACGACAGUGAAGCCGCUAAUGGRAAUGUCCAUUACGGAGAUUUAAUUGAGAUUGCAGCRACAUGUCAUCCAGGCGUAGUUGUUGGCUCUUUUGAGAGUUUUGUGGAUACAAAACAGCAACUUUGCUCGUUUGCUCUAUACCAGUCUGGUAUCACUAAGCAUGAUCUCAGUGGCAAGCCUUCCAUAGACAAGGUCAUUGAGAAGUUCCUGGAAUGGAUCAGAGAAAUGGUUGCUUUGGCAAAUGAAAAGAAUAAAGCCAGUUAUUUUCCAGUGAUCUGUGCUCAUGGUGGAUACCAYUUUGAUUUCUUGAUACUUUUCUCAAAUUUGGAAAGAAAAGGGUUUCCUUACAAGAAGUUUUCUGAUAAUAAUAUACAYUUUGCUGAUAGUUUYCUGUUCUGUAAAAAGCUUCAAGAUGAUGGAAAUCCUCUUCUACAGAAUACAAAGCUGUCAAUUGAUGGACUGUUUAACACMUUUUUCCCCAAACAUACCAUCAAAGGGCGUCAUCGUGCAAUGGGAGACGUAAAAGCAAUGAUCAAAAUCUUUACUCAGACAUCUCUAAAGAGUGAAUUACAUUCAAUGAAUUUCACUACCACCCAAGAAAGAAUUGAAUACUUCAUUUCUCAGUCUUCAAGAAAACUACAGCAAAGAAUUUUGGAAGAAAAGAUGGCUUCCUUGGACGCCUGCAGCAGAAAUAUGUGUUCCAAAACUCUUAUCAAAGAAGGAAUGACGUAUGACGUCCUCAAGACUGUAUUCCAACAAUGCUCCUCUUAUAUGGACUUUUGGCAAACCCUAAAGAAUGUGGGAAUAGAGCGAAAAGUAGCAAAGCACUUCACUAGUCAAUUUGGAGCUUUAGGGCUUCAGAAUGAAGGCGCUCUGGGAUAUUGCUUGGAUAUCGCUAAACAAAAUGGUGCAGCUGUUUCAAAUGGGAUGGAUUCCCAAGAAAAUGAACCAAAACAUUCUUCUGGAAAUAGUCAUACUGCAGUCACCAAUAGCUUAAAACCUUCAAAGACAUAUUCAUCUCAAAACAAUGAAUUUUCAAAGCCUCCUCCUUCCAUCAAAGACGUUCAAAAUCCCAACGCACCUUGUAGUGGUAAUUCACUUGUAUCCGCUAGGUCAGUUAGUUCUUCUCAAGCAUUUGAACAGCGUCCCAUGGACUAUGCUCUGACGUCUUCUUCGGAAGAGGUCCGUCCGAGAAUAUGUGAUGCAAAUGGUGUUGGGCGUGAACAGAACUCCAAGAAGGAGUCCGAAAUCAUCUCCUCUGAGACAAAGCAUCCCACAAAUCCUCCAGAAUCUGGAAAUUCUGAAGAGAGUUCCAGAGAGGAUGAAAGUGAAAAUUGGGAUAGUGAAAUAUCGAAUUCUGCAGGGAACAACGAGACRUUUGUGUUAAAGAUCAAUGAUGUGAUWCCAGUUAGCGUUGGAAUCGAUGACUUUUCSAGUGACAAAUCCCAUCCWAAGCGUCMAAAAAGAAACUCUAAUAAAGAUUCUGACCGUAGYGAUAGACCUGCAGCAAGAAAUWUCAAGACUGAUGGAGUCAAGAUCAAGAAUUCAAGUGAAUUUAAUCGGAAAAGGAAUUCAAACGUUGAAGGGACAAAGUCAUCUUCUCAAGAAAGCAAAGUGUUAAAGUCAACAUCAAUCARUGAAGUUCGUAGCAUUAAAGAGAAUAGUAAAACCACCAUUUCUGAUGUAAAUACACGGGAAAAUUUGGAUGGACUUCAAACAAAUGAGGAGGGUAACAUAAGGGAAYCUAAAUCAAAGACAAUACAAAAUGUAUUGGAAGAAACCGGGCAUAAGGACACGAGUGACUAUUCUCAAKUACAGGGAAUAAACCAUCCAGAUGAUCAUAAUUCUCAAGGUAGUUUCAUCAAACAACGUYCAGGAAAUAUUAAUCGAAGUGUUAYGAAAAACAACAAGAAACGAACUCAAUCAAAAGACAAACGAAACAAGCAAAUUUCGAAUCAAACGAAGUCUGUUAUCUUUCUUGACUUGCCGGGUUCUCCAGACUUCARGGGGAAGGAUGCYACAAYUUUUUUCGUUGGAGAUAUUGAAAUCYGUGUGCCUGUUGAAAAGCGUGACGUUGGUGRUGAUGUGCCUUUGCAAGAAGGAUCCAGUGUUGACAUGCGUGACAAUGAACACAAUGGGAGUAGUGAACCAACAGAUGUGUCCCCAUCCCCUAGAGUGUCKUUGCGUGACGAUGAAGGUGAUAACAUUCCUAUGUCUCAAGAAGKAUCACCAUUAUCUCACGAUAAAGGAAUGUCCUUGCGUGACGUUGAGCGUGACGGUCUUGACAACCCUWGCGACACAAUCAAAGUCGAAGUUUCAAAAAAUGAGGAUAUUUUGAAUUCCUUURAUGACAKURAAGUCAAAACAAAUGAUGCAUUUGCUAAUGGAGAAGUUAUCGCUAAAGAAGAAGAGAUGGCAGAAACGUCUGAAAAGGCUCAAAUUAAGGAGCUCAAUGACAGCUCUUGUGCUCUUGUUAAAGGGCAAGACGAAGAUAAGUGUCCUGCAAAGACUCAGGAUUCUCAAAAUGAAGAAAUGUCACGUACCCUUGAUGCUAGCGGUUCAUGCAAUGAAGACCAGACAAUUGAAUACASGGUACARGAUAUACACAAUGAUGCAUUAGAUCCUGUGGARUCUAUUACAAACACAGWUUUCGAUGAACAGCAGCCUGAACAACAAACUUUACAAGCCUAUGAUGAAAUUCUCGAUGGAAACUACCCACCUAUGUAUCAAAUGCAACCUGUUCCCUUACGUUUCACCCCACCUUGCCCCACUGGGAUGCCWACAGCAGUCCCUGCAGGUUAUGGCUUCUAUCCCCCAAUGGGGCCCAUGAUGCCUAUGUUUUCCGGGCCUCCCUUUGUACCUUUCCCUGGAGUACCAUAUCCUGCACAUCAAGGCUUUGUUCCAUUUAGUGGUUUCCAACAUCGAUAUCCUCUUCCUGGGCAUGUUUUCCAGCAACCAACAAUAUACCAUCAACAGGAACCAGAUCUUGGAUCACAUAACGUGGUGCCUCCAUCGGAUAUCCAUCGUGAAUCUCCAGAUACAUUAGGUAUACCAUUUCCAGAUAUUGAUCGAAUUGUGCCUGAGAAAACUAGCAGAAAAGSCCAUGUUUCUGACUCGUACUCCACUACCUCUGAUGAAACCAGUGAAUCAUCGACAUACCUGGAAAACGAAGGCUUUGAGAAUGCCUCUUCAAAUGUCACUGUUUCUGAUUCCUCUARGGAAGAUCUACGAAGCGAUAGAAGAAGAGUAAAAGAACGAAAUUAUAGUAAGCGUUCUCUUAAGGAAAAGCACAGCCCAUUUAGGGAAGUAUUGCAUAAGGGAAAAGAGGUCAGAGCGAAUAAGGAACGUGAAGACCAAAGCGGAAGUUAUGGCACWAGGAAAGCUAAAGAGAAAGCAGGACAAUCAAGGUCAUCAUUUUCAAUGUCGCCUCGGGCAUCUAAAACAAAAUCAUCUAAAGAUUUGUCAUUUGAAAACGAAUCGAAGGGGAAUCCAUCCAAACCAAAUAACUUCAGCAAACCACGAUCAUCGCCAAAAUCUGGUCACGAAAGCACAUCGUCGGAAAAGCCAUCUUCGCUGAAGGAAACUAACAAGCGAAAGUCGCCAAGUAGGGACACCAGCAAAGACCAWAAGGAAUCAAAAAAAUCUGAAGUCAGUGCGAAGAAAUCUGAUGGAUCACCCAAGAACAUGCCAUUGAAGUCCUCGCUAAGGGAAUCUGASAAGAAUGAGGUCCCAUCGAAAGAUCAAGAAGAACGAGGACUUACUUCAAAAAUGUCUACUAAUAUUGCGAAUUCAAAUUCAAAGCCGUCCACACCAAGAUCGGAAAGUAAAUCUUCAAGCGCUGAAGGAUCGCCAAAGAGUGAAGAGGAGCUAACRGGCUCAUCAAUAAAACAGAAUGAAAGMACUUUUCCAAAAUCAACCCAGGCUUCUUGCAAGAAAGCAUCAGAGGAUGAGGCAAAACUCAGAAAAGAAAACAAYAUAACGAAUGAAACAARAAAAUCUCCAAUAUCUAACCACCCACAGCCAUCCAAGCCCUCUCCCCYUAGGCCAUCUAAAAGGGAAUUUACCAAAGAGAAAAGAUCUCAAAACGCCAAUGAUGAUUUUCAACUAAGGGAGUAUAAUCAUCACAGCUCAAAGAAGUCUACUGAGCGUACUCCUCCACGACAACCCACCCCAAAKGUGUCCAAGUUCGACGUGUCUCCAAAGUCCGAUGAUAGUGGACGCGAAAAUAAGUACCCAUACUCGUCAAAAAAGGCUGAAGGUCCAUMUCAAAAAUCAACACCUUCAAAUGAAUCUUCCACAGCUGAGGCACAAAGGUUUAGUGAUCAUGGAAGCGAAGUAAAGCACUCAUAUCAAUCCAAGAAAUUUGACAAUGUACACCCAAAGUCGACGCCUCCGAGGCAGUCUAAYAAAWCARCAUCCAGCAAGUCUUCGCCAAAGUCAAGUGGCAGUGGAAGUGAUGCAGAACCUAAGAGUAAACUCUAUGAUAGUACUUUAUCGCAAAUAAACAAGACAUCUUCUAGGAGAGAUGAAAACGAAUCAUUAAAACCAAAUAUAUCUUCAUCAAAGUCUCCAAUUUUGAAAACAUCAUCUUCAUCGAUGGAAAGUAAGCGUUUUGAGAACAKUGACACCAAGCAACCAAGACAAGAGGUCAACUCAGAAACAUCUAGCAAAGGAAAACAAACAGARAACGRAGUGAAGACUACAAAUCCYGCRGCCGACAAGCCGAAAUCAAUACAAGAAACUAAAGCCGAAGGAAAGACAACCUCACUUACACCUCAAAAUAAUGAGGCUGCUAGGAAGUUGAAAUGGCCUCUUUCUGUUUGGUCAGGAGGUACAAUAAAAGCACCACCCAAACCUCAGCGCGACCCACUAGCUAAAAGGAGAAUCCGUGAAUCUCAAACGAAAUAUUUCGUUAGUGGACCUGUGUCGGACAAAAAGUUCACAAAGACACCGUCUGCAAUUUCAGAAAGUCAUCGGGAUAAUUCGGGAAAUAGCCGCGGUGUUUUGGAAAGCGGGAAAAAMCACAGUUCAGAUAUCCAUCGAAAUGUCCCAGAAGGCAAUCGAAGCCCUUACAAGAAGACUGAUUAUGUGGCGAAGGGAACGUCUGUUUCAGAAGGUCAUGGUAAUAGUACACUUAAAGAAAACAACACAGAGCAUAGAAAUAAUAGUAUAAUUGCUGAAAAUAAAGGAAGCUCAAAACUGGACAUUUCUGAGAAGGAAAUUGARAAAUCUAGUUCAAAAACAGCUAACUAUAGGGACAUUCUKGUUGGYAAAACGAAUCCAGAGUCGACGYGCAAUACAAAUUCGAGUACAACGGAAGGUUCUUCGACGAACGGUUUCCGAAAAGGUGCAAAGGACUACAAGAAAAGCAACAAAUCUGUUGAGAAUCCAAAUAAUAAUAAUAUUGCUGCACGUAAAUUUACGGGAAAUAGUCCYGUUAACACUUCAAGGUCAGACAUAGAAUGGAAAGAUGGAAAGGCGAACUCAGAAAGACAAAUCAAUCAAGAUACCAAGAUCUCGAAAUCGCACAAAUAUCAAUCCCAUCGGUGACAGUAAUUUGUUUUGACAUUCGUUUCAUUGGGUCUUUUGUUGAACAUUUUGUAUUUGUGAUUAUCUUGGUAAUCCAUACACCGUAAUUUUUUGAAUGAUAUUAUUUUCUUUGCCUAUAAAGGAAAGUUCCUUGGAGCAGUCAAUGAAAUUCAAAUAAUUAUGGUG